CUCUUACUAAACUGCAAUCUAUUACAACAAUCAACAAUACAACAAUUCAUAACUAUGGCUAAAGGAAUUGAGACAUCUGAAUUAAUAUCAAUUAAACUACCACCAAAGUUGCCAUCGAAGCUUAUCGAUAUCGAAGAUCAGUUCAGUAAUAGAUCUUGGCGGUACUAAUUUACGCGUGUAUACAGUUACGUUAAUAGGUUACCUUUAGGGUUUUGUUUCCCUUACCCGGCUUCUCAGGAUGCCAUCGACCAUGGCAUUUUAAAGACGUGGACGAAAGGAUUUGAUAUCGACGAUACUCCUAGGGCAAUAAAUUGUGAAUACGGCGCAUUCGAUAACGCCCAUCACGUAUUGCCGCGGACGAAAUACGACAUAUCCAUCGACCAAGAUUCCCCGCGGCCGGACGAACAGGCGUUCGAGAAGAUGAGUGCGGGCCUGUGCCUCGGCGAGAUCUUUCGACUAAUCGCACUCGACCUUUAUGAAAGUGGUCUCGUCUUCAAACGGGCACGAUGCCGCAAAAUUGAGAGAACCAUAUAAACUAAACACUGGCUUCUUAUCGAGACUCGAGAAUGACCCUAUAGAGACAUCACAGGCUCGACCAGAAAAAUGUUUAAAUAUACCUAAAAAUCACGCUAGAUGAUACAAGGGUAGCUCGUCGCUUGGCAGAAGUCAUCGCGACUAGGGGCGCGAGGCUCUGCGCCUGCGGCAUUGCGGCGAUAUGCCGAAUGAAGGGUGUUACGUCAGGUCAUGUCGCAGCGGAUGGUACUGUCGCAAACAAGCAUCCGACAUUCAAGCAACGGUGGGCGCAGGCGCUUGGUGAGAUUCUCGAUUGGCCCGAAGAUAGGUAAGAAGAUCCACCCCCCCCCCCCCCCCCUAUCGUCCU